AUGACGAACUCUUUAAUACUCCCAGUAUUCCUACUUUUCUCUUCUAUUGCUAGCCCUGUAUUUGCCCAAUAUUCUGGAGGCUAUGAUAUCAUUGAGAUAUGCAAACAAACACCCGAAACUACCGCCUGGGGUGAAUACCUAGAAAACAAUCCAGAUAUAUACAAUCAAUACUACGCCGAUUUACGAGAUAAGAGCAUCUUCAUACCGUCAAACCAAGCUCUAAAAAAGUUCGCCAGCCAGAAAAACUACACCAUUCAAGAGCGCUCAAAUGCCUUUGUGGAUCAGAGUCUCUUUGUUGGAGAUAUGGUGGACCCAUCAAAAUACAUAAACACAUUAGGGGAUAGAAAGACAUCAACAGCACGUCAGAACAGGAGAGCUGACACAGCGAGCAAUGGAGAAGGCGAGGCGAUAACACUUCGAACGGCAGCGAAGGGCAUCAACCUAAGGAAUAUCUUCAUCGGCAUGAUCUUUGGCGACUCUUCGGAAGACUCGAAGCGGUUGAAAGAGCGUUCGUUUGAGCAUGCCCCGGAUCCAGCACCGCCUGGAAUUACGAUUUCUACUGGACUCGGGAAGAAAUCGCAUGUUUUGUUUGGAAGUCUGAAGGCUCUGCAGGGCAUACUCUGGGUCAUUGAUAGUGUUUUUGAGUUUCCCGAAUUAGUUUCAGAUUCACUUAAACACAUGGAUGAAGUCGCCGACUUUGGCUCUGCGGUGGAAUCAAAUGGUCUGACGGAAAAGUAUGAUACCGCAGACCAAAUCACCAUGUUCGUACCGAUCGACGGGUCAUAUAACAGCUCCUGCUCCUGCUCCAUAACCGCAGCAGCUGUUGAGGCCCAUGUCGUGUAUGGCGCUGCUCUAUACAACUCUAUACUCCUAGAUGGAACAGAAUUCCAGACAUGCCAGGGCAAAAAGUUGAAGAUCACUGUCCAGGAUGGGGAGAAGUAUGUCAAUGGCGUGAGGAUUGUUCUGAGUGAUGCGAUUACUCUGAAUGGUGUUAUCCAUACGAUUGAGAGGCCCUUGGUUGAUUCAGACUAUGAUGAAUAUGAGGGUACGACAACGACUGAAGCAACGCCUAUAGCCACCGAGUACCAGACCUACUAUGAGCCAUCAACGACUGUAGUCGAAGUCCAAGUCACUAGUACACCACAGGUCACUAGUACACCAGUUACCACCGGCGUCCCUGCUGCCAGUACCACUACACCAUUGGCAGGCACAAAUGCCACCGCUACCCCCGUGCAAUUCCUGGGAUCAGCUUCAAUGCUGGGGAUGGACAUGAGGGUCACUUUGGGUACAGUUGUGUUUGCAUUGGCGGUGUUUAUGUUUUAA